GGUAUCUUGCAGAUUCCGGUCAAUGUGAUGUUAAAAGGAUGUUUUACUGUCCAUGAUCACUGGCACAAUUUCUUUUCUUUUGUGGGGAAUUAUUCGUUAAAAAUCCUUGAGUUUUGUGGUGUGACUUUGUGGCUGUUUAGGACAGUACCCAGCAUAUAAAAUGACUAACGUUACUGUUAGCAAUUUACAGACGCAGUUGGCUUCUAUAAUGGAGCUCUUGGCAAAGGCAGCUAUUUCAGAAAUAAUCAAACUUUUUGACGACAGUUACACGGUAUUGCGCCUUGAGAUUUCCCAAAAUCAAAACGAAAAAGAAGCACUGAAAAGGAAAUUACAGGAAGUACAAGAGCAGCUUACAUGUGUUCGAAUGCGACUUGAAACAGGCCUACCCCCUUCCAACUGCCCUCCCCCCACAAAUCAUCAUCAUGGGUUAGAGGACUGGACGAGUUCAUUCAGAGGCGGAGAGGAAGUGACAGAGGGUAUCUGCCCCCAACAGCAGCUCACCAGUGAGCACCAGCAGUCUUUCAGAGAGAACCCAUGCCUCGUGCGCAUCAAAGAAGAGAGACCUGGAGAUGAUCUUUGGAACCAAGAAGCAGAGUCUGUGAGGUAUGACAUCACUGUUGCUGGGAACGCCGGAGUCAGCCAGCAGCUCUCUCAGGAGCCUGUGGAGUUUGGUGAUCUCAGGCUGAAGGUGGAGCAGGUGUCCCAGGGUGGUUCCACUGAGGAGAACCAGGCCCAGAGCUGUGCAGUGGACCAGCACGGGUCCCAGCACUGGAACCUCAACAACAAAAACGAAGGCAACGCGGACGACAGCUUCCCACCGCUCCUCCCCAGGAUCGAGCUGGCCAUCGACUACUUCCACUCCAACCCCAUCAGCCCCGAGCACCAUGCCCCUCCGGACACGUCCCACACCCCACCCCCGCUGCCUGGAACCAGCGCAGAGGCAGUCAGCGCGUUCCUGGGGACCAAUAUAUAUGUCGCGCCGCCUCAGGGGAGGCGCACGGGGAAGAAGCCCAUCAUCUGCCCGGUGUGCAACAAGCAGCUGCAGGCGCCCUCUGAACUCGUCAAGCACAUGCGGACGCACACGGGCGAGCGGCCGUACGCCUGCGGAAUCUGUGGCAUGCACUUCACGCAAAAGAGCAGCCUGAAGACGCACGAGAGGCUCCACAGCGGCCUGCGGCCGUACAGCUGCUCCGAGUGCGGCAAGGACUACACGCUCAUGCACCACCUGAAGAGACACAUGCACUCUCACUUCAGGGAGCAGAGCGCCAGGCUCCAGGCCCAGCAGCAGCAGCAUCAUCAUCAGCCACGGGACACGCACGGCCCUCAAAGAACCAAGGAGUUUUAAAAAUCAGUGUCUGAGUGCAGGGGUGUCAAAAACUGCACUAAAAUGGGUUCUUAUUCUAAUUUUGUACUCGUUGAUGAGGGUGUGUUUUUCAGUGCCUUGACUUGUAGUAUUUGGUCUUUUGGUAAGUCGUAUUUGGAUAAAGAGUUAAAAGGAACGAAAGGAAUAGACGUUGAAGGAGUUAAAAAAUCUGAAUUAAGGAUCAGAGUUAAUAAUAAUAAUUUGCUCCAUGGGGUGGAUUUGCAGUUCAGAUAUUAAUCCCAAGAGAAUCAAAGUGCUUGUGGUCACAACGGGUGUUUGAAAAAGGAUCUUUGGCUUUAAACUUGAAUUUAGAAAUUGUUUUAAUUUCAUUUUUGUGAAUUGUUUAAGUUAAAUUGUGGAGACCAGUCCUUUGCAAUGGCCAGUCAGGUUCCUUUGAGCGUCCAGAUUGCUAUGGCAACAAUUGGAGAUGUUAAAAAGCAUGACAGAAUUCAAAAUCAGAUGAUAAAAGAUGGGUUUCAGCUAGUGUGGGGAGUCAGGAAAGCUGAAAUCUGAAAAGAAUUUGAAUUGAUACAGCUGCUUAAAACAUAAAUGAGAGAUAUCAGCAGAUGAGGACCUUAGGUAAAAGACUGGGGACAGAGAGCUGAGGCUAGUAUAGCAACCAUUUCAGAAUUGCUUUACAAUCUGAUGGUCCUGUCAAUAUCUAUACACACAGUGCUUACACAUACAUUCACCUUACACUUGAGCACCAGUAUAGAAGAGCUGUAUCUUCACCACAGCGGCUGGAGACCUGACUGCCCGUAAGGGUGGAUUUAGCUAAAUUCUAUGACACACUGGCACAUCUAACUCCUUGUAAGUGUGUGUGUGUGUGUGUGUGUGUGUGUGUGUGUGUGUGUGUGUGUGAGCGUGAGUGUGAGUGCUCUGUUAUUUAAAUUACAGGAAAUAAACUUAGAUCAAAAAGGGGGUGGAGCGUCAGAGUGACAAAAGUUGAAAGUCAAAACAAUCAACACAACAGAUGGCAGCAUUCUCUCGUGCAGAGUUAAUCCGUCUGCAGGAUUUGGAAAGGGCUUAUCUUACUACUAAUGAAUACCUCAAUAAGAUGAUGACUGCAGAAUGUGCUCUCCCAGAACAGGUCUAAGCCCGGCUGAACUACUUUUUGAAAGAAAUCUGACUUUACCAAAUGAUCCAAGGGUGCGGAAUUGAUCGUGAAGGAACAAAAAGAAAUGCUCAAAAAGGUUUGGCAUUCAAGGGCCACUGGAAUCUGGAUGAAAAAGGACCUCAUGUGAUAAUUAUGUAACUAAAACAUCUUGCUUCCUUUCUGUAGGGACUGGACACCGUUGGGUUCACUUGUCCCAGAUAAAACCUGUUGCCCAGGAGUAACUAUUUCUCUCAAUCUCUUUUAAGUGACCGUCCGCUGUCUGAUAGUCAAUUACACCUUCGAAUAGUGAGGAGGCAGACAUCUCCUAAAACAAUGUGUUAUGUGUGUUGGUGUGUUGGCAUACGUGUUGGCCUCUGAUACAUUUGCUCACAGCUGGAUCCCUUAAACUAUUUCCCCUGUGAACAAAUGUUGUGGAGUUUCCCGUCUACAAAAGUAGCAGACUGAUACAUACCCCUUAUGCUAUGUAGGGUACUUAAACUGGACUGUUUUCAACGACGGGCCAGAUGAGACAUAGGCGAGGCCUUUGAGUGAAACCUCUGUUUAUCUGCCUUGAUGCGCAUCACUGCAAGAAUAAAGCUCAAUUCUUGACUGACCAUACUCAGACUGAGUCUCCACCAAUCUUUUGGCACUAGAAAUAAUGCUAUCAACAUUGUGAAUGUAUAAGUGUCGUCAUAAGGGUCGUUAGCAGCAGCCGGUUGUUGUUAUUUAUUCCCUGCAUGUAUAGUCUUAAUCUGCUGAUAAUUGUGUCCUCAUGAAUGGCAUAGAAAUAUUACUGCACACACACACACACAUCUACACAAACACACACACACCUACACAUCACACACACACACACACACACACACACACACUUGCACCUCUGACUCAGGUAUUGUAUGUGAGAAAUCUGUUUGUAUCUUUUAAUACUGAAAUAAAACAUGUAUUUCUCUUU